AUGAAUACCACGCCCCCAUAUUCGUAUUGGGAUAGUCCGCUUCAAGUGUCAGCUUACGAUAACACUUAUCAAAACAGUUCAAACUACAUGUAUGCUCCGGAUUCCGGUGCAGGUACUGGCAUGAGUGGAACACAGUACGGUAAUUUCGGCGUGAAUUAUGGAAAUCAGUAUCUUCAACCUCCAUAUGCGAAUUUACCAUACGGCUUUGUUCAAACUUUUGACUCGACUUCUCCUGCAUUACUACCGGACCAGAACAGCUGCGCUGUCCCUCUGGUGGCACCCCCCAAUAACGAGCUCUGGAAAGGAACUUUCGAUACGCCGGAAAUUGCAUUGGUCAAUCUACCAAACAACGGUGUCAGUCC